AGGUGCUCGAUUUCGAUUCAACGUCGAUCGGCAUGGGAUAAGUAUCCCGACUUUUCCUUUCUUCUCGGAGGACGCCGGCCAUGUCUCUGCAACGUGUCGGAUCCCUCGAGACGUUCGUCAAUAUUCCUCCCGAGGGUCGUAGGUCGCGGCGGGGUUCGGCGGCGUCGUCUGUUGCUGCCUCGGAGAGGGCGCGCAAACUCACGUUCAACCCGCUGCCUGAGUCGUGGGACCCCGUUUUCGAGGAUGAAGAUGAUGGUCACCUUCACCCUAGCCAGUCUCGGGGAGCCUUUGAGGUUCCUCGAUGGAAACGAAUACUUCAAGUUAUUGUUUCGGUCGUGUUAUGUCUCUUUUCAGCGGGAAUCGUGUUUGGAUACGCUGCUUUGAAACCGGUCUUGAAGAAAGAGGGUGCAUAUCAAGAUAUAUGCCAUGGCGGAGACACAUGUGUGGAAAUUCAUCUAAAUCUUAUGUUCACCACUGCAGCCGUCGCCACCAAUGUUGCUGCUUUGCCCGUCGGUGCUAUUCUGGAUCACUAUGGUCCUCGAGUCUGCGGUAUCCUAGGUGCUUUGUUUCUUAGCGUGGGUGCGCUUUUCAUGUCACUUGGGCAAAGCUCGCCCUUCGACGCAUUCCUCUUCGGCUACCUCUUCCUUGCCCUGGGCGGGCCGUUUACGUAUAUAUCUUCGUUCCAAUUAUCUAAUGCUUUCCCUCGACACUCGGGCCUGAUCCUCGCACUACUCACAGGAGCAUUCGAUGCAUCGAGCGCCUUGUUCCUCGUUUACCGUAUUAUUUAUAACAAGACGGGUGGUACCUUCGGGCACCGUCAAUUCUUCCUCGUUUACCUUAUAGUGCCGGCAGCGAUACUAAUUUUCCAGCUCACAUUACUCCCCAAGCAGUCAUACAAGACUGUGGGAGAAAUGAUCGAAGAGAUCGAGGCACCCGCAUUCCCCGAUCCGACGGACACAAUUGACGUUGCGGAUGCUGAUGAUCAGGUGGACGAACAGACCGCACUUAUUCGAGAGGAACAAAGAGAGCACUACGAAAAUGUUGUGCACGAUAUCGAAGAACUGCUAGGGUCUAACCAGGUAGACAAGGAUAAGCAAGCUCGCCGCGAGGAAGCCAAGAACGAGAACAGCGGUGUAUGGGGCGUGAUGCAUAACCGCACGGCGUGGGAGCAGAUCUGCUCGCCUUGGUUCGUGCUGAUAUGCUUAUUCACCGUGGUACAGAUGACGCGGAUCAACUACUUCGUCGCCACUAUUCGGCCACAAUACGAGGCUAUUUUCGGCUCAACAAAAAAGGCCAUCGAGAUCAACAACUUCUUCGACCUGGCACUACCGCUAGGCGGCAUUAUCUCGAUCCCCUUCAUUGGAAUCAUCCUGGACCGCACGAGCACCAUUACAGUGCUAACGACGUUAGUGACGGUCGCGACGACGAUAGGAAUCCUGGGGGUGCUCCCGUACACUUGGGCCGCAUACGCUAAUGUGGUCCUUUUCGUCCUGUACCGGCCGUUCUACUACACGGCCGUCAGCGACUAUAGCGCCAAGGUAUUCGGCUUCCGCACUUUCGGUACCGUCUACGGCACCAUCAUCUGCCUCUCCGGCCUGCUCAACUUCAGCCAGACUGGCCUCGACUACCUCUUCCACCGCACCUUCCGCGGCGACCCUGUCCCUGUUAACCUGCUAUUGCUCACGCUCGGCUUGGUCAUCGGCGUGUGUCUGGUGGGAUUCGUGGGCCUGCAGUCUCGGAGGCUGGGGAGGAAGAGGGAGGUGGCCGGGCUGAUUAAUGGCAGGGGGGAAUACUGAAGUAUUCAUGAUCGUUUACGCCUUUGACGAGCUUUUGGACGUCUUAAAAAAUUGCAUGGCGAGGUGGUUUGUUUGAUUUAUAUAUAGGUGUUCUGCAUCUGCAUAUACAUGUCUCGGUUAUAUAAGGUAGUGUGUUUGGCGUUUUUGAGAUGUUAGGUAGGUACAUAUAUGCAGAUAUACCACUUGGGUUUAUGUAGGGUAAAUUGAUGAAAAUAAAAAUAUAUCCCACGGGCAAUGUUCCUCCUUAAAUUUG